AUGGCUUCGACACCACCUGUAGCCACGAGCAUCCUCGACGCAAUCGGCAACACACCAGUUAUCAAAUUGAAUCACAUCGUUCCUGAUAGAUCUGCAGACGUCUACAUCAAACUCGAAUUUUAUAACCCAACAGGGUGCUACAAAGAUCGGAUGGCGUGGUCCAUGAUUGACCAAGCAGAACAACGUGGAGAUUUAAAGCCAGGCAUGACAGUUGUAGAAGCCACUGGUGGUAGCACCGGAUCUUCACUUGCAUUCAUCUGCGCUUUAAAGGGCUAUAAGUUUGAAGUGGUGUGUUCCGAUGCUUUUUCAGUUGAGAAACUGCGUACAAUCACCACACUUGGGGCGAAGCUUGAUAUCAUACACAGCCCUACCGGCAAGGUUACCGCCGACCUGAUGCCGUCUAUGAUACAGCGUGCAAAGGAAAUUGGUGAAAAAGAAGGAUAUUACUACACGAACCAGUUCAAUAACCGGGAUGCUCUUAUUGGAUACGAAGGCAUUGGUCAUGAACUGGUCAAACAAUUUCCUAACGGCAUUGACGCAUUUUGCGGCGCCAUUGGCACAGCUGGGAUGGCGAUGGGUACUGCACGGGUGUUUAGAUCGAAAUUGCCCUCUACGAAAAUUGUCAUUUUGGAACCAGCCUCAGCGCCACACAUCACCAAAGGCCAAACCGGAGCACACAGUGUUGAAGGCAUUGCGGUUGUCAGCCGUCCGCCUCAUCUCGACGAGGCGUUGUAUGACGAAGCUCGCGGUAUUGAAGAAGAUAAAGCGCGCGCCAUGUGCCGCCUCCUCGCCCGAAAGGAAGGGUUACUUGUCGGCACAUCCACAGGAAUAAACGUUGUCGCGGCCCUAAAACUUGCAAAAGAAUUGGGCCCUGGCAAGACAGUGGUUACUGUUGCCGUUGAUACCGGUUUAAAAUACUUGAAUGGCAAUUUGUUCCAGGAAUAA